AUGGUAGCCACGGACAUGAGAAUGCUUGGGGAGAACCAGCGCCUUCUUGGACCCAUGGUAUCGGCAUCGACACCAGGUAGUACCAUGGUACCAUGGGAAAUCUCGCGUCCCAGCACAGUCAGCGGUAUCACCACAGGCAUCUUGCUCGGGUUGGCAAGAGAAGAGCGAUCACAGAAAAGCAAUCAGAAAGCAAAUAUUGGUUUUGGUGUUGACAAGACAGAGACUUCAGAUACAAGAUUCAGCCGCAAAACGCUAAUUGGCCUGGGCCGAGUCUAUUGGUAUCGCGAAUCCCCCUGCGUCAAUGGCUUCAGACUACAUCGAUAUAGUCAUGGUGGGCUUGGUACGCGGCUAGUCAGGGGUCCUCAUGGUCUUUUCCAAUUCAAUUACUGUAGAUGGAGGGGGCUCAUUGCGACUACAUUCCCAAACCACCAUCCUUGGCACCUACGUUGGAGAUCCCCAGAACAGGUUAUCGGAUAUAUGAUGCCUAGCUCUGCUGGUAGAAGAUGCCUAGCUUUGCUGGCACUUCCUGUGCUCACGGCAGCCUAUGUCGACUACAGCCAAUAUGUAAACGUGUUGUUUCCAGGCGUCGUGGCUAAGCCUUUUGCCAUGGUGAAGCUGGGACCAGACGUUGAAAACCAGACGUAUGAAGCUUAUUCAGGCUAUCUCCCCAAAGGCAACGUCUGGGGCUUUAGUUUGAUGCACGAGUCUGGAACCGGCGGUGCUCCCAAGUAUGGCGUCGUUUCACAAAUGCCAGUCGUUGGAAACGUUUCCGAUCCGCUCGCGAAUCUGAGCCAACGAAGAGCCAUGCCAGAUCAGGGAAGUGUGGGGUACUAUAGGACUUCUUUGGUGAAUGGAGUCACUCUGGAGCUUGCAGCAUCAGAACAUGCUGGCCUGUACUCUUAUUCGUUUCCAAGCAACAGCACGUCGUCCAUUGUUGUUGAUGUCUCCCACGUGCUGCCUAGCUUCAGGCCGUACAAGUGGGAGCAACAUUACUCCGGGGGAAGUUUCAGUAUCUUUCGAGACGGUCACUAUGAAGGCCAUGGUAUCUACAAUAAUGGAUGGAACCUGUCACCAGACUGGACGAUAUACUUUUGUGGUGGAUUCAAUCAGCACCCCAUCCACUCCCGGCUUUUCAGUGGCAAUGGCAGCGCCUCACGUAUUUUCGGUAACCCGACUACGAUAUCCGGCAGGGCAAGAUUAGGAGGUGUCUUUACCUUUUCUAAGCCAAACAUCACAUCGCGCGUUGGCAUCUCUUUCCUCUCGACCGAGAAAGCCUGUCAAAAUGUCGACAAGGAAAUUCCAGAACGAACCGAACUCUCCACGCUUGUAGAAGCCGCAAGAUCGCAGUGGAACCAAGAUGUCUUUGGCAAAAUUCACAUCACACCUUCAAGCGAAGAAGACUUUCAACUCCUCUACAGCUCUCUAUACGGCAUGUUCCUCAUCCCCUCCAACCGCACUGGUGAAAACCCAUCCUGGUCCUCCUCGGAGCCCUACUACGACGACAUCUUUACACUCUGGGACACACACCGCUGCCACACUGCACUCUUCCACAUACUCCAGCCCACGGCCUACGAAGAAUUCAUCCGCUCCCUCAUCGACAUCUGGCGACGCGACGGCUUCAUGCCCGACGCCCGCUCCUCCAACUACAACGGCCGCGUCCAAGUCGGCUCCAACGCAGACAACGUCCUCGCCGACGCCUACGUCAAAGGACUCCGGGGCUCCAUCAACUGGACCGACGGCUUCGCAGCCAUGCAAACCGACGCCGAAGUAGUCCCCCGCGCAAACUUCGACCCCAAAGCCCCCGACUCAUCCACCAAAGAAGGCCGCGGCGCCCUCCCAGACUGGCUGCAACACGGCUACAUCACCCCGCGCUUCUCACGCGCCGUCUCUCGCAGCGUCGAGUACGCAACCAACGACUUUGCCCUGUACCAAGUCGCCCUCGGCCUGGGCAAAGCAGACGAAGCCAAGCGCUAUCUAAACCGCAGCCGCAACUGGCGCAACCAAUGGAAUCCAAACACCACAUCCCACAACCACACCGGCUUCCUCUCCCCCCGCCUGUCCAACGGCACUUUUCCCCCCUCCGACCCCACCGUCUGCGGCCGCUGCUACUGGCCCGACACCUCGUACGAGGACAGCAGCUGGAUCUACAGCAUGAACGCCAUUCACGACGUUGCAGAGCUGAAGCGUCGCAUUGGAGGCGAUGUCCGCUUUCUCGAUCGCUUGAAUGCGAUUUUCGAUAUCGGCUUGUUUCAUGCGGAUAAUGAACCUAGUUUCUUCACGCCCUAUCUGUAUAACUAUGUGGCUGGGGAGCAGUGGCGCAGUGUCAAUCGCAGUCGUAGCAUUGGCAGGCUGUAUGGUGGUGGGGAGGCUGGGUUGCCGGGGAAUUCGGAUGCGGGGGCUAUGGAGAGUAAUCUUUUGUGGCAAAUGAUCGGUCUCUACCCCGUAACAGGCCAAACCACUUUUCUCGUCCUCGCCCCUUGGUUUGAAAAGAUGACGCUUAGCUUACCAAGCGGGGGGACCCUUAUUAUCACUACGAGCGGCGGCGGUGGUGGUGGUGGUGGUGGUAGUAGUAGUAGUAGGGAUGGAAAUGGUAGUAUUCCCCCCUCCUACAUCCAAUCCCUCAAAGUCAACGGCCAAUCUUGGGACCAAGGCUGGGUGACGUGGGAAGACGUGUUUGAAGCCGGAGGCACCAUGCAUUAUAGUCUUGGGCCUGAGCCGCGGCGUUGGAAUACGGGGGCGUUGCCGCCGAGUCCGGCGUCGUAG